AUGCGUCCAGACUACACGAUUCAGUUCUCCCAUUGGCGAGCCUCUUCAGCCGCCGGGCUUUUGCCAUGUAUUGAUUGGCCGACGGCAACAUGCCCUGUCACCCUCGGUUUUGUAGUCAAGGUAAUUGGGCAUUGGAUACAUCUUGCCGAUUGGCUGGAAUCGAAGUCUCCGACUGCUAGCACUGUCGACACAAAUCGCACAUGA